AGAUUUCGAGUUUUCAGUCUCCUACGGAACUAAUUUUAGCAAAAAGAAAUUGAAUUUUUUUAGAAAAAAUUGAAAAGUGGUAAUGCUAAAGAAAAUAUUAUAAUUGCGUAGUUAGCAAGUGCUGGGAAUUAUUGAAUAUCUUACGAGUUAAGACUCCAUCUUCACUCAGAGCCCAUCAAUCUGAUCACCAUAAGCCAUGUACGCUAAAACUAAUGCUCCAGAAGAAGAGGAGGAGGAGACUUCCGUUGACUGCUUCAGCGAUGGCUUCGAUUAUGCUUAUUUCGAUGAUGCCGUUAGCACUGAUGAUCUCUUCUUGGAAUCUAAUUAUGCUGAUGAUUGUCAUGAUCAUGAUCAUCAUGCCAGUCAUUCCAGUUCCAGCCAUAUUAUUAUUAAGCAUCAAAAUUACCGGAUUCUCAAGGAGGAUGAUAUCCAUCAACGCAUGGAGGAUGAUCUUGCUCAAGUCUCUUCUGUGCUUUCUCUUCCCAAACAUGAGGCAAGUAUCUUACUCUGUUUCUUCAAUUGGUCCCCCACUAAACUCCAUGAUUCUUGGUUUUCUGAUGAGUCUGGUGUCCGAGAAAAAGUGGGCUUGUUUCAUAAACCACUUUUGCAUCAUGAAAUUUUCUCAAUUGAUCCUGCAAUCAUCACUUGUGGUAUUUGUUUCGAUUCCUACCCUUCUGAUAGUAUCAGCUCCGCUGCCUGUGGCCACCCUUAUUGCAACGCUUGCUGGUCUAGUUAUAUUAGCACUUCUAUUAAUAAUGAUGGUCUUGGUUGUUUGAUGCUUAGAUGUCCUGACCCAUCUUGUCGUGUUGCUGUGGGUCAGGACAUGGUCGAUUUAUUGGUGUCCAGAGAAGAUAGAAACAAGUAUGCUAGGUGCUUUGUUAGGUCUUACAUCCUAGAAAAGAAGAAGAUUAAGUGGUGUCCUGGUCGUGACUGUGAUUGUGCUAUCGAGUUUUUUGAUGGGGAUGCAGGCUUUGAUGUUACUUGCCAUUGUUUUACUAGUUUUUGCUGGAAUUGCGAUGAUGAAAGUCACCGUCCUGUGGAUUGUGAGACUGUGAAGAAGUGGAUUUCCAAGAACCAGUCAGAAUCUGAAAACGUUAAUUACAUACUAACUUACUGCAAGCCUUGUCCUAACUGCAGAAGACCAAUUGAAAAGAACCAGGGUUGUAUGCACAUGACUUGCAGGGUCUGUAUGUAUAGCUUUUGCUGGUUAUGUCUUGCUCCAUAUGAAAAUCAUGGACAAUGUAAUGGAUAUCUGGAUAAUGCAGUGAGGAAAAAAGAGAUGGCAAAGCAAUCUUUAGAGAAAUAUACACAUUAUUUUGAACGAUGGGAUGCCAAUCGAAAGUCAAAACUAAAAGCACUUGCAGAUUUUCAACAUAUAAAGGAUGUGAAAUUUAAAAGGCUUAGUGAGAUACAAGGCAUACCUGAAGACAAUAUGGAUUUCAUAACGAAGGCAUGGCUGCAGGUGGUUGAAUGUAGGAGAGUGCUGGAAUGGAGUUAUGCAUAUGGAUACUACCUGCCAGAAAAUGAGCUUGCUAAGAAACAGUUUUUUGAGUACUUGCAAGGGGAGGCAGAGUCUAGACUGGAAAAGCUUCAUGAUUGUGCAGAAAAAGAGCUGGAACAGUUUCUUGAUUCUGAUGGCCUAUCAAAGGAUUUCAUUAAAUUCCGGACAAUGCUACUUACUCUUACCGUUGUUACUGGAGACUACUUUGAGAAGCUGGUAAGAGUAUUGGAGAAUGGCCUAUCUGAUGUGGUCUCUCACGGGGCUAGCAGCUCGCCAGAGGAAGCAGAAGACUAUUGGUUUUGUGAUCUUUGCACUUAUGCCAAUCCUGGGUCUGUCCUGGAAUGCCAGAUGUGUGUCUCGCUUGAUGAAGAUGAAGUUUAGAGAUAAAGAUUCUUCAGUACAAGAUACAUGCGCAACUUAGAUUAGCUAAGUUCUCUGUAGUCUCACUCUCGAUUGGCCAGACAGGUUUAGGAAUAACCUGUGCCUUUAGGAAUAACUUGUGCCUUUGUUACUGAUCCUAUAUAUAUUUGUAUAUGCUCAGAACACCAUUUCUAUUUUGCCAUAUUAAAAUAUUCUUCAUGCUUCUGUC